AUGACUGACUUGUGUCUCCUCCUAGUCGAACUAUCGACGUCUUUUGACGUAUCUUUCAACGAAGUUUCGAGUGAUCACAUUUCGCAUAGAUAUGCAACCGGCCUCGUGUUCGUAACGCCUCUGGGUGAUCUUGUUUGCCGUCGACGACUCAUCCUCAUCCUUCCGUCGGUAUCCACCUGUCUGACGAUACCUCUUGCCAUAACGAAGAACCCCGUCGUGUUCGUAGUGUUCUUAUUGUUCAUCCGAGUGUCAAUCGUCACUCCUCAAGUCCUUAUCUCUCUGGCAGCGGAUCUCUCCCCAGCCGAGCGCCGCGCCACAGCCAUCUCUAUCGAGGUCCUCUCAGGACUCAUCCUUGGGGUGUUACUCGCCCGCUUCACCUCCUGGAGGAUGGUGUAUUACCUCUCCCUUGGGAUGCAAGGUCUUGUUCUCCUCGGAGGGUACUUCAUGUUGCCCGAUUAUCCUGCGAAGAAUAAGAGCCUAACUUACUGGCACAUCCUUUACACCAUGGGGAGGUUCUCGUGUCUGAUAGAAAUGGCUGUCAGCGCUUGCUCCAGCAACUUCUGGGUGACACUGACGUGCCUACUUGGAGGGGAUCCAUACAACUAUUCGACGUCGGCUCCCAUUGUCGCAUUUUAA